UCCGUUGUUUGUACAUUAUGCGAUGGCCACAUUCUUUACAGCGCAGAGGUUCUUUUGGUUUGAUUUCAUUUUCUGUUCCGCAAUCUAUUUCAGUAACAUUGUAAAAUUUAGAUAUCAAUCUAAAUUUAGAGUGAAAGCAGAGCUCGAAGGCCCUGACGAUGGUGGGCCUUGGAAAAAUCUCGAGUAUGACAUCAACGAGCCAUCUUUCAGUCAGUAUAGUUCAGUGACCGCAUUAAAGUGUUCAGAGCUCAUUAAAAUGACAUUUAUUCACCGUGCAGCGUCUCGGUUUAUAAACAAAAAGCCGGCUUUUGGCAACUUAAUUACUAGAAAUGUGUUGAAAACUGCCACCAGUUAUCGUGGCCGUAGUUAUGCAACCGAAGCGAGUAAUUAUGGCACCAUCCAAGCGGUCAUUGGUGCCGUAGUCGAUGUUCAGUUCGACGAAAAAAAUUUGCCCUCUAUUUUAAACUCCUUAGAAGUUCAAAAAGAAGGCGGUCGCCUUGUGCUUGAAGUAGCGCAACAUUUAGGACAGAAUGUCGUAAGAACUAUAGCUAUGGACGGGACAGAAG